AAAAUGGCAGAAUCAGCUCCAGCUCAAGCCGCCGCGCCGGCCAAAGCAGCAGCCAAGAAGAAGGUGGUGUCCAAGCCGAAGAAGGUUGGUCCCAGCGUGGCGGAGCUCAUCGUCAAAGCUGUGGCCGCUUCCAAGGAGCGGAGCGGCGUGUCUGCUGCCGCCGUCAAGAAGGCUCUGACCGCCGGAGGAUACGAUGUGGACAAGAACAAGUCCCGCGUCAAGGCCGCCAUCAAGAACCUGGUGACCAAGGGGACGCUGGUCCAGACCAAGGGGACCGGGGCCUCCGGCUCCUUCAAGAUCAGCAAGCAGGAGAAAGUCGCUCCCGCAACCAAGAAGCCCGCAGCGAAGAAACCCGCAGCGGCCAAGAAGCCCAAAGCAGCGGCAGCCAAGAAACCUGUAGCCGCAAAGAAGUCCCCGAAGAAGGCGAAGAAACCCGCAGCGUCCAAGAAGCCCGCAGUGGCCAAGAGCCCAAAGAGCCCCCAAAAGCCCACCAAGAGCCCCAAGAAGGUGGCGAGGAAGCCCCCCACAGCCAGGAAGACCCCCGUCAAGAAGGCUGUGAAGCCCAAAGCCAAGAAAGCAGCACCCAAGAAGAAGUGAGCUGCUCUCAGGCUGGACAACAACGCUCCUAUAAAAGGCUCUUUUAAGAGCCACCCACACCGUCUAAGAGCUUUUUCUUCCCAUUUUAUUGUAUAUGUUAUAAUCAUGAGUCCCGUUCAUUUUUGUACUGUUCAAGAGCCUGAAAAACACAACAGGACAUUUAUUUUACAGAGUAAUAUGAAAUGAGGGGGGGUAUAUUUAAUAACCAAGAUAUAUUUAUUUGCAACAUAAUGGAAUAAAUAUGCCUGAACACAUACAGCUCAUACUAGCACUUCAUUCGUUUUCCAGUUCCACAACAAGCCUAUUUCUAUAUCCAGCACAUUAGAGA